GUUUGAUGGACAUAAAUAGAAGACCAUAAAGUAUCAGCGGCCUUCUAGAGUAUAGGAAGGUUCUCUGCAAUUGCGAAUAACUAACAAGAAUAAUGCACUCUGCCAUCUUCCUGUGUUUAACAUUGGCUGGCCUUUGCACUGUCACCCAUGGCCACCACCUGGACAAGGGUCAGGAUGAACACAACAGCACAAAUCCAGCAGCUCUCAAGCUAUAUAAGAGUGUUGCCGAUUUUGCAAUUAAAUUAUAUGGGCAGCUUUCUUCAGCCUCACCUGACAAGAAUGUUUUCUUCUCACCCCUCAGUAUCAUUAGUGCCUUUUCACUUCUUUCACUUGGGGCAAAAUCUGCCACCCGCACUCAGAUUCUAGAAGGCCUUCGCUUUAACCUGACAGAAAUCACAGAGGAAGACAUCAACAAGGGGUUUCAUGAUGUCAUCCCCCUACUGACUCGCCCAAAUUCUGGGUUUCAACUCGAUCUAGGGCAGGCCCUGUUUUUAAAGGAUGACCUAAAGCCAUUGCAAACAUUUCUGGAUGAUGCCAAAGCUUUCUACGACACAGAAGUGCUGCAUGCGAAAUUCCAAGAGCCAAAAGAAGCCAAGAAGCAGGUCAACCAUUAUGUAGCAAGGAAAACCAAUGGAAAAAUUGUGGAAUUGAUCAAAGAUCUUGACCCAGAGACGGAACUGGCUAUAGUUGACUACAUAGUCUUUAAAGGCACCUGGAAAAAACCUUUUGAUCCAGCUUUGACCACAGAAAAGGAUUUCUUUGUGGAUCAAGAAACAACCAUCAGCGUCCCAAUGAUGCACGGGACAGGCUGGUUUGACUAUUAUUUUGAUGCUGAAUUGUCUUGCACAGUGUUACAACUGGACUACCAGGGUAGUGCUACUGCAUUUUUUGUUCUACCGGCUCCCGGAAAACUCAAGGUGGUGGAGGAGGCGCUGUCAUUAGAUACUUUGACCAAAUGGGCAGAACGUGUUUCUCGUAACACAGCAGAAGUGUACCUUCCAAAGUUUAAUAUUUCUGCCAGCUAUGAGCUGAAUGAGCCCCUUGCCAGACUGGGCAUUACCGAUGUCUUCAGUGACCACACUGAUCUGUCUGGAAUCACUGGGCAGCCUCUGAAAGUGUCAAAAGCUACGCAUAAGGCGGUGCUGACAGUUGAUGAGAGAGGUACGGAGGCAGCCACCACCACUGCAAUAGAAAUGACACCUCUGUCACCGCCUCCAACUAUUCACUUCAACCACACUUUUCUGAUGAUGUCCUUUCACAAAGAGACCAACCUCACAUUAACUAUUAGCAGAAUAGCAAUUCCCAAUAAGCAGUAAAGCUUGGUGAACUCUAAAUGCAGCUUUAGA